AUGGCGGGCCACCACCACAAGCUGGCCCUCGAUCCGGCCUUGGUCAAGCUGGGACACAUGCAGAGCAACCGACACAUCUUCUUCCGCUGGACCCCGAGAACAGCCCGCGUGACCUUCAUGUACGCCGUUUUCGUACCGGUCGUCAUCGGAUACAUUGGCUACAAGACCGACGGCCUCUGGGACCUCCGUGCGAAGCGCAAGGGCGACCUGGUCUACGAGCGGUAG